AUCCAGGAGGAGGAGGAGCAGGAGGAGAAGGCGGCCGGGGAUGGCUGCUGCUUCGCGGAGGGCGCUGCUGCUUCUGGCCGAAGGGGCGGAGGAGAUGGAGGCCGUGAUCCCCGCAGACCUCCUCCGCCGCGCAGGGGUCUCGGUGACGGUGGCCGGAGUAUCCGGGAAAGGCCCGGUGCGGUGCAGCCGCGACGUCCUCAUCUGCCCGGACGCCAGCCUGGAGGACGCCCGGAAGCAGGGCCCCUUCGACGUGGUGCUCUUGCCCGGAGGGAACCUGGGAGCCCAGAACCUCUGCCAGUCUCCUGCGGUGAAGGAAGUCCUGAAAGACCAGGAUGCCAGGAAAGGGCUGAUCGCAGCCAUCUGCGCAGGUCCCACGGCUCUCCUGGCGCAUGGAAUAGGGUUCGGAAGGAAAGUGACAACGCACCCCCUGGCCAAGGACAAGAUGAUGAGCGGAGACCACUACAAGUACUCUGAAAAUCGUGUGGAGAAGGAUGGGCACAUCCUGACCAGCCGUGGACCUGGCACCAGCUUUGAGUUUGGCCUUGCCAUUGUGGAAGAGCUGCUGGGGAAGGAGGUGGCCGCCCAGGUGAAGGCUCCCCUGGUGUUGAAAGAUUAGGGGCACCCUGCCUGCCCCCCACUGAGAGAGCCGCCUCAGUCCAGUUGCACAGGAAGGGUAUCAUGGUGAGGGGUGGCUGCCUCGGUGUGGAGAUGGCAGUUGUCUUUGGAGCCAACUAGUGAAUUUUGUUGCCAGUAGCAGGGAGGGAGGGUGCCUUGAUGCCACAAUGGAGCUUGCCUCCUCACCCACAACCCUUCUCCCCAUUAUCAGUCUUGUUCACCUUCAAUAAAAGAGGGCUUCUGCCCCAUAGGCACCUUG